AUGGAGCACAAACUAUUUACACUCCUCAUUUUAAUCGGUUUUUCCACCUCACCGGUUCUUCAGCAGUCUAUGAACAUGUACUACUUUGUGUCAGAGUUAAAAUCAUUCGCCGAAGCCCAGCUGUACUGCAGAGCGACGUACACGGAUCUGGCGACUAUUGAAAACACGGAUGAUCUGGACACGCUUCGGACCGAUCAGGUCACAUACAUGGAUGCGUGGAUCGGCCUGAUGGAAACCGGACAGUUUCAAAACACCAACUGCCUCGAUCUCUUCAACUUCAUUUGUUAUGAUGCGAACAGUACUGAGCAGCGAUACAUCUACAUCAGCUUUCUCUACACAUGGAGAGAAGCCCAGCGUCACUGCAGACUAUAUUACACCGAUCUGGUCAGCGUGAGGAACCUGGAUGAGAACAACCAGAUUAUGGGUCUGAUUCCCACGCUGGGAUUCGCAUACAUCGGCCUGUUCAAAGACGACUUCGCCUGGUCCGACGACAGCACGUCAUCCUUCAGAAACUGGGAUUUGCUUCAGCCAGAUUUUCUUGGAGAAUGUGUUGCAUUGACAGACAACAAAUUUUGGAAAACGGAGCUCUGCGGAAAACUGAAACCAUUUUUCUGUUAUCGGAGUGUAGGUGGUAUGAAGAGACAGAUCCUGAGACUGGAGGUGAAAUCUGCUCUGAAUGUCAAUGAUCUGGAUAUGCAGAUGGCCAUCUUAGCGGAGAUCCAGCAGGGCCUUCAGAAACUGGGAGUGACGAACGUCACCAAGCUGGAAUGGAGAGCAGCAGCAAACGGGAUGGUUUUUCAGAAGAAAGAGAGUAAAAUGAACGUAGAGCAGAAGAGAUGCGCUCCUGUGGUAAUGAUUCACUGAUACUCAUGAAUACUGGUGCUCAUCACACCUGCACGAUACCUACAUAAGAAUAACCCUAACCCUCACAGGCAUUCACACUACAGACAGAAAAUGAACAAAUAACCUAAAAAAAAA